CCUCCUCAUGUCAACCUGGUUAAUCCUUUUAUAGUUAACCGGGUUGUUCCUCAAACUAACCCCCUUAUUCCCCAUCAAGUUAACCGCGUUUUUCAUCCUCAAACUAACCGGGUUAACCGGAGGAACCGUAAAGCUAAUGCAGAAACUGAAUCAACUGCAACUUCUCCUUUUACCGUGAGUUAUCUUUUGUUUCCCUUGCAAUGUACUAGCUAGGAUCUUUCUUUUUUUUUGAUAAGUACUAGCUAGGAUCUUGCUUUUAUAAAUAAUAAUAACGCUUUUUGCAGCCAAACCCUGAGAGUGAGAGCACAAGCGCCUUCGUAGCUGAUUAUGUUGCUCGACUUGUAAUCACCCACCUUUACUUUAUUUUUAUUUUUGUGGAAAUUCGAUACGUAUAGAAUUAUUUUACUCUAAUUUCAAUCUGUUACGGUAAAAGAUUCUCCAUUUCUAACGCAUUGUGCUUAUUGGUGUUUUAUUGGUCAGGUGAGGGAUUGUCCUCCUGGAAUGAGCGCAAACAAGAGAAAAGUAGAAGAAGACAAGACAGAACCAGAAAAAUAAGAAGACUCGUCUCUGAUCGAUUUAAAAAGUACUCUGUUGUACUUCACAGUUGAUCUUCUUAGUUUUGCACUUUUUGUUUCUUUUAGCUUUCCUCAUUGUUUCAUUAUGCAUUUUAGUGAUUUUUGCAGUCAAACUUGAUUUUAUCUAAAUUUAUUCAAUCUACCAUUUUUAACUGUUUGUACCUUUUAUGAUCUAUUCCAAAAGUAGUAACAGUUUAUAAAAAGAAGAAAUAGUAAAUGACGGGGUAAAAAUGAAAUUUCAAUUAUAUUCGCGUUUUCGUAAGAAAGAAGAAACGGUCAAAGAUUUAGUUUCAAAUGAAAAAAAAAAAGAAACGGUCAAAGUAACACUACUUCUUUUUUUUCCCGACGCGGAGAGAAACAAAAACCCUGAAGACGAAGACGAGGACAACGAUGACGGAAGAAAGGAAUAAUGGCAUGCAACCGCAAAUAGAGAGAAAACUUGAGGGUAAUAUGGUGAAAAUACAUGUAGAGAAGGAUCGUACCGUAAGUUGUGUGGACCGUGUCGUCAGCUUAGUGAUCUAGCGCUGAUCCGUUAAAAACUGUGUGCGUGCGUGCGGGUGUUCUCCGGUUUCAUCGUUGUCCCCCAGGGAAAACUAAUCUUCGAAUCAUUUUCUUGUCUUUCUCUGUCUCUCAUCUCUAAUCAUUUUUAUUUCAUUUUUUCCUUUUUCUUAUCCAAUCGUACAAUUUACAAGUUCCGAUAUUUCGACUUUUUUUUAUAUUCCAUAAGUAAAAAAACUCGUGAAAUCACAAAAAUCUCAGCCGUUCAUUUGAGUUUCGUUGGCUCUCAAUCGAAGAAACUUAGCUUCUCUGUGGAGUGAUUUGAAUCCUUAUGGAACAUCUCAGUGUUGCUCAAUCACAAUCUGAGAUCAACGAGGAUAUGUCUCUGAAGAAUCAUCCACCAGACAAGGAUACGGACAAAGACACUAGCAUGGAACAACCUACUAGUCCACGUCAUCGAAAGGUUCUUGCUAGAUGGUUACCAGAUGAAGCGCAGAGACCAAUCGUUGAUGAAGCUCCUGUUUUCUCUCCAUCAUUAGAGGAGUUUGAAGAUACACUUGCAUAUAUAGAAAAGAUACGUCCACUAGCGGAGCCAUAUGGUAUCUGUCGAAUCAUCCCACCACCCACAUGGACGCCUCCUUGCCGGCUUAAGGAGAAGACUAUAUGGGAGCAUACCAAGUUUCCCACUCGGAUCCAGAACGUGGACCUGCUUCAGAACCGGGAACCCAUGAAGAAGAAACCAAAGAGCAGGAAACGUAAACGGAGAAGAAACUCUAGGAUGGGUUCCUCUAGGAGACGAUCUGCUUCUGCUUCUGCUUCUGCUUCUGGCUCUGGUUCUGGUUCUUCUCCCUCUGAACCUGCUUCCUCUCCUGAGGCCGAGGAGAAGUUCGGCUUUAACUCGGGUUCAGACUUUACUCUGGAAGAGUUUGAGAAAUACGCUCAGCAUUUUAGAGAGGCUUACUUUGAGAAGAAAGACUCUGUUGGUGAAACAAAAUGGACACCGUCUGUGGAGGAUAUCGAAGGCGAGUACUGGCGGAUAGUUGAACAACCAACAGAUGAAGUUGAGGUAUAUUAUGGAGCUGACUUGGAGAACGUGGUACUUGGAAGCGGGUUUUACAAGAAAGGGGAUAGAGAUAUGGAUCAGUACGUAGUCUCUGGCUGGAACUUGAAUAACUUACCGCGUCUCCCUGGCUCUGUUCUCUCUUUUGAGGAUUGCGAUAUCUCUGGUGUUCUAGUCCCAUGGCUCUAUGUAGGAAUGUGUUUUUCUUCAUUUUGUUGGCAUGUGGAGGACCAUCAUCUGUAUUCACUAAAUUAUCAUCACUUUGGGGAGCCAAAAGUAUGGUAUGGUGUUCCAGGAAGCAAUGCAACCGCACUCGAGAAGGCGAUGAGAAAAUAUCUACCUGAUCUGUUUGAAGAACAGCCUGAUCUACUUCAUGGCCUGGUUACUCAAUUUUCACCUUCAAUUCUAAAAGAUGAGGGAGUCCAGGUUUAUCGUGUGGUUCAGAAUGCAGGGGAGUAUGUACUUACAUUCCCGAGGGCGUAUCAUGCUGGAUUCAACUGCGGUUUCAACUGUGCAGAAGCGGUUAAUGUUGCUCCGGUUGAUUGGUUGGCUCAUGGACAGAACGCUGUGGAGCUAUACAGUAAAGAGACGAGGAAGACCUCUCUCUCUCAUGACAAACUUCUCCUCGGAGCAGCUUAUGAAGCUGUAAAGGCUCUUUGGGAACUCUCAGCUUCUUCUGUUGGAAAUGAAAGCACGACAAACUUGAGAUGGAAGAGUUUCUGUGGGAAGAACGGAACACUUACCAACGCGGUCCAGGCUCGGUUACGUAUGGAAGAGGAAAGACUUGCAGAUAUUGAUAGGGAAUCUUCGAGCUUGGUGAAGAUGGAGAAGGACUUUGAUUCAAACUGUGAAAGGGAAUGCUUCUCAUGCUUUUAUGAUUUGCAUCUCUCUGCUUCUGGCUGCAAGUGCUCGCCUGAUGAAUACGCGUGUCUUAAACACUCGGACGAUCUGUGUUCAUGUGAAGAGAAGGAUAGAUUUGUCCUCCUCCGUUACACCAUGGAUGAGUUAAGCUCGUUGGUGAGAGCAUUGGAAGGGGAAUCAGAUGAUUUAAAGAUAUGGGCUUCCAAGGUGUUAGGUGUUCAACACAGUGAUGAAUAUCAAAAUAAGACAAUUUCAGUUAUCAAGGAGGAGGAGGACAAGAAGCUAAAGGAAGGUUCGUUUGAUCUGAACAUCGACUUGGAGUUGGAUUGUCUGGAAAACCCUAAAGAAGAAGAAGUCAGCACCAGUGGCGAGAUAAACACUUCAGAGAACUUUAGUGCAUCGGUGGAGCCUAUAAACCUCGGUUUCUUGAUUUUUGGAAAGCUUUGGUGCAAUAAGCAUGCUAUUUUCCCAAAAGGAUUCACAAGUCGUGUCAAGUUCUACAACGUGCUUGAUCCAACAAGAAUGAGCUAUUACAUCUCUGAGGUUUUGGAUGCAGGACUCAUGGGCCCAUUGUUCAGGGUUACUCUGGAAGAAUCUCCAGACGAGAGCUUCUUCAAUGUCUCGGCCCAACAAUGCUGGGAGAUGGUGUUGCAGCGAGUUAAACACACAUCCACAAAUCUUGGUCUUACUACUUUACCGCGGCUUGAAAGUAUUAACGGGCUUCAAAUGUUUGGUCUCCUCUCGCAGUCUACAGUUCAGGCCAUUGAAGCUCUUGACCCAAACCAUAGACUCAUCGAGUACUGGAACCACAAGAACCAAACUCAAUCUGAAUCAAAAGAUCACUUCAUAUCAUCAAACUGCUCCGUGAGUCUUACCAAAGGAAAACUUUUCGGAGUGGAUUUGAUGUAAAAGAAGCUCAAACAGCAACAAGGACUUUUACCAAACUCUGAGCAACCAAUAGUGACUUACCUUCUGGAUAGAUAGAAGAAGUUUCUUUCUGAUUCUUUUCUUUUCUUGGGAGCAUUUUAUUCAGAAUCUUUUGUUCGUUUUCCCUCAGCAAACUUUCAGUAAACAAAUAACCUAACCUUAGCGUUAGAAGUGUAAAACUAGGUAAAAAAUGUUCGAUUCUUUCGCUAAUGCCAAUAAUACAAAAUUCUUCAAUU